AUGGAUACCGUGUUGAAGGAGCUGUUGCAUUUGAAGCGCAACAAGAUCGCUUUGCGUGGCUGGACUCUUGAAGAUCUGGUUCAGGAAGUCCACACCUUAGUCCCAGGACUUAGAGCUGUGCGCCUGCUCCUCGACCGCCUUGAUGCUUUUCCGGCUGUUCAGGAGACCCUUUUCUCCGUCCGGACGCCCGCGGCGCAUAUCCCGACUUCCUUCGUGGCGUCGUUCGUGUUCUGCCGCGGCAGCCAGACCCAGGAAUACCCGCUGAGGCACAUGAGCACCAGAAAAGCCGCAGAGGAUUGGGCACUAGAAGACUACGCAGCAGACGCCGUGACCAAUGAAGUCCUUGACAAGCUAGCAAGCAUUUUCCCCGCGGCCAGGUAUCUUGUUGAUCUUGCGAGAAGGCUGGAUGGGCUCUUUUUGCAGGAUUCGUUGGGGCGCAUUUGGGAUGCCUUACCGGAGGGCCAGUUUGCUGCCCAGUCACAGUGGACGGGCACCACAUCCACCACCACGGCUACGCAGUCCUCAGCGCAAAUCGGGACCCACAUUGUCUUUGUACUUGCUGGUGAAGGCACUCUCAUCCGACUGGCACCUCAGCCCAUCCAGCAAGUCCACGUGGAGCACUCUAUUGCCGAGAUGCUUCUCAUCAUGGCGAGGCAAGGUCGCAUGCCCAGAAAUCCCCUCCUUUCACUGUGCACUGCGAUGCCUCGUAACUUGAAUAACCCCCAAGAGCUCAUGGUGGGGUUCAUGAUUUAUCCCAGUGCAGGAGAGGCCAGGGAUGUGGCAGUGCUCCAAGAUUUGUCUUCUGAUGGCACCAUGCUGCAAGCUAUCAUGGUCGACGCUGGAACGCGUUUGGAGCACAUGGUAGGCAGUGCACAGGCCAGGCGGGGGUUUACCCCCAUCCUCAAUGGAGUCCCCAGAGCUGCAGCGAACCGUGACCUUGUCACUGGAGAUUUGAUCCAGCUGGAACAACCACCAUUGACUACCAGAGUUGUGACGGUUGCGCAUAUGUACUUCCUACUCCCGGAACUCCGUUUCUUUGCGAUGCCUCUGAGCAUGCCCUCCAUGGCACCAGUUUCACGCAAUCCCAUGAACCCCAUUGCGGUGGAGCGUGGAAGAGAAGCGGCUCGACGGACACUGCAGCUGCGGACCAUAGAGCGUCGAGUGGAGGUGGGCGAGCCGGGCCAUGACAAUAGGCCGCUAAUGGUGAUGGGUCCGACCCAUCCCCCCUACUUUCUCUUUAUGCCGGCGCCUUUGGAGCCAAGCCUUCGUGAGGUUUUGCUUUUCUUGUCCUACUCGGGUUUCUUUGAUCCGGGGACAAGCUUUGCAGAGACUCGUGCAUUGUCUCAUGGAGUGGAGAUCUUUGUGUCCAUCCCUCCACGAAGCACACGCUCCACAGUGCUCCUCACAGCCCCUGACACAACGCUUACUUAUCUGCAAGUGAAUAUGCCAGUGGGCAUGCCUCUGCAGAACCUUGGGCUCCCGGUCCGGAGGGGUUUUGAGCUUGUGUUUCCUCCGCGAGCUGCUCACGGGGCUGUGAUCAAAGACAAGGACCAACCCCAACAUAGUGCAAGUUCCUCUCUUGGCACGGCUGGCACUUCACUUGCCCAGCUCCCCGACCUUAGUCGUAAGAGGGCUGAUAGAUGUAAGGGUCUUAGCCUUGUGACGCGGCUUGCAAGCUACUUCUAUCUUUUCCUGGAAAUCAUUUAA